UUUUGGUGUGUCGUCGUCGUGUAAUCCGGACACAACACGUUGACGAAUUAAUAUAUCGAGAAUUAAUCGAAAAAACAAUUUGAAAAGUUGAAAUUUUCAUGCAAAUUUCGCGUCGUGUCUGGAUGUAGUGUCGAGUGCUGGUGAUUGUGAUAUCAUAUCGCCGCGAAUUAAACAUAACAACAUUGUGAUUCGUGCAUUCAAAUGGGUUUUGGUUCAAAGACGAAACAAUGUUGACGCGGAUUAAAUUGUUUAUGCUUUUUGCAUGUGUCUUCAUGAUUCAAACGAUUUAUUCGAAGCAAACAAUUGAAUCGACUGAAGUUGCUAAAAUUGCUGAAUCGAGCACAAUUACUAAAACAACGGAAUGGGAAACAUGUAAGUGGCCUCAAUUUUAUCUAAAAUUGUUUUAAAUACAUGUUCAGCCACAACUGAAAACACUACAACGGAUAGUGAUUCAGAAGAUAAAUCUACUUUAAACUCUUCAAGAUAUUCAUCAAAAGAUGGUUUAAAUUCAAGCCCAAGUAUUGAAGAAGUUGAAGAUAAUAACUUGUCAGAAGAUGAAGAAAACAACUAUAAGACUUCCUGCGACAAAUGCAAACAAAACCCUGAAAUUCUUGGAUUAAAACAUCAAAUUAUAAUUGGCACAAUUAAAAUUCAAUGGGAUCCAAUUAAAGAAACUGAAUUAAAUUGUCAAUACAAAUAUACAUCAAAAAUGAACAAAUUUAAUGAUGAUCUUGACUUCACACGUUUUGCAAACACAACUGGUGUUGAUAUACCUAUCAAAGAUCUCUGUGGUAUACACACAGUAAAUAUAUUAGCAAGCAAUAUCUGCGGCAAUGAAGUGAAUCAAACCAUUUCCAUUGUUAUUCCAGCCAAGUCUUUUGAAAUUUCAAUGGAGAAAAUUAAGAGUAACAAGGCACAGAUUAAAAUAACUACCAAUUGCCAUAGCAACUUCAGUAGUUUGCAAAUAAGUUGUGACUCUGGUUAUAAUAAAACUUUUACUAAUGUACAAGACACUGAUGCUAAAACACUUGCUGGAUUGGAAGCUUUUACAAGCUACUCUUGCCAAGGAGAGUUGUUUAAAGACAAUAAUUCAGUGGGGAAUACAAGUUUUACUUUUCAAACUCAACAAAGUGUUUCUAAUAUAACGGAUUCGAGUUUUGAAAUAAAUUGGGAAAGUCCAAAAAAUGUUCGCGGUAUUCUCACAAAUUAUACUAUAACUUUGGAAGAUCGUCCUUUGUAUGAUUCACCAGUAUUUUAUCAAGAUCUUUAUAAAAAUAUCAAAAUUGUUUUUCAAAAUUUGCCUGGAAAUUACGAGUUUAACAUUACUAUCAAAGCGAUAACAAGUAAAUUUGGUCCGUUGGAAUCAAUAACUAAUAAAACAUCUACACCAUCUCCUGGGAAAGUGGAAAAUUUAAAUAAAUUCAUAGAUGCUUCAAAAAUAAAUCAACCAAAAGCCCAAAUAAGUUGGAGUUAUCCUUGUGCAACUUACACAUCCGGGGAUAGAGUUGUAUUCAGCAUACAUAUUGCUGAAAAUUCAAAAACAACAAAAAGAAUUAAUGAAACAAUGAACAUUGAUAAACCACAACAAAAUUUUACAUUAGAUCUGGAAUUGAAGCCAUCUACCAAUUACACUAUAAUGGUUUACACAAUUAAUUUAGAUACAAGUCAAAUAAGCACAGCUAACAGUUUACAAUUUGAAUCACCCAAAGGAGUGACUAGUCCGCCAUUAUUAUUAUCUUCUGAGAUUGACUCUUUUAAAAUUGACCUGUACUGGGAAAAACCUACAUAUAUUUUUGGAAAUUUGGUUUCUUAUUACGUAAAUAUCACUUCCUUGGGUCCUCUGCACAAACUUGGCUGUGAUGAACAAGACAAUACAUUACUGUUGGAAACAAAUAGCACCCACAUUAGUCCAACUGUCAAACCAAAUCAUAAAUACUUUCUUGAAGUUACUACUAUUACCUCUCGAAUGGUUGGAAAAACACUUAAAUAUGAAUUUGGUACAAAACCAUUCCAAAGUGAACCAGUUUUGAAUCUGAUAUGUAGUGCUACUGAAAUUUCAUCAAAUGGCUCAGCUGGUUUGAGCAUACAAUUUGAACCACCUUGUGAUACAAACGGUGUAUUUGAUUAUUAUAGCAUCACUGUCUUUGAUGAACAAGGUAGUAAAGUCUUAGAACAUCAAGAUAAUUCCACAUUUUUUGAAAUAUCAGACAUGAAAUAUGAAUCAACCUACAGAGUAGAUGUUAAUGUUGUAACUAAAGGGGAUUGGAAAAGUAGAGACGAAUUUUGUGAUGUUAAAACAAAGUCGGAUAAACCAAAUCCGCCAAACUUGAACAAAAGUGAAGUCAUUGCACAUAUCUAUGAUAAACAAGUAGAGGUCAUGUUGAGAGAUGAUUAUUUUGACAACAGUCAUGGUGAAGUAAAGUUCUUUGCAUUACUGGUUGGCUUAGCAACAAAGUGGGAGACAAAGAAUAAUUUAGAUAGUGGUUACUGGGAUGGUAUCAAGUGGCCUAAUGAUGAGUUCUGGAAUGAAGAGGGUUUGCCUUAUCAAGCAACACCUGCUAAAUGGCAACCACUUAAAGGAACUAUUCAAAAAUUCUUUUUUAAACUUGGAACUCAAAAUUGUACUGGUAAAAAUAAUGAGUUCUGCAAUGGACCGCUAAAACCCAACACCGAAUAUGUCUUAGCCAUCCGUGGAUAUACCACCAAUGGGUAUCAAAUUAGUAAUAAGCUACGAUUUGUCACCCAAGACUUGGAAAAGACUCAGAAUGUUGUUAUGAUUAUUAGUAUAGUAGCAGGAGUAUUACUAAUAAUAAUUAUAUCAAGUUUAGCCUGUGUUUAUUGGAAACGUAGACCUAACAAACGAAUAAAUCUUAAAGAAGCAAAUCAAAUAGUUCACAAUCAGGAAAAUGAGUUCAUUCCACCUGGUUCAGUGAAAAUUGAGGAAUUAGACGAAGAAUAUGAAAGUCUUCAAAAUAUCCCAUACUCCAAACCAAGUCUAUACCAUACCUUACCUUUCCUUCCACCGCCCUCCCAAAAGUAAAUCCAAACCAAGCCAUUUCCCAUUUCCUUACAUUACCUUACCUUGCCCACCGCCCACUUAAAAGAUCCCCCGUGGCGCCUUCGCAUUUGUGCGCCAAAAGUUACUUACAAAAGUUACGUAUUUCUUCGUUGUGUCGCGCGCACACACACGUUGAAAGCUCAAUGUUGAAUUUAUUACAAUUCCAGUCUGCAGGGUAGUAUUUUGUUGUAUUUUGGUAAGCCUACUUUGACCGCGGCUCUUGCUAAGCGCCCUGCCUGUUGGAGACGCUAAAUUUUUCUUAUUAGGAAUCAUCGGACUUAUCCUGUAUUCUACACUUAUAGUUUCGUUCAUAGUCGUGUGCAACGAAGAAGCACGUUUGUGCUCCGAGUUUUGAACGUGCGCCUGCGCAUUGCAAAUGUGGUUAAUCCUAUUACUAAAUUUGUAUAUUUAUAAAUAGUUUAAUAUUGUAUGAUUUAUUUUUUAUUUCACGGUGGAGUUUCUUCACGUAAUAAAGUAAAAAUAAGUAAAGAAUAAAA